UAUGAGGACACUGAAACCAAACAAAUCAUUGGCUUGGUCAAACAGAGUGACAUAACAGAUCAGGUCAACGUAGAAUGGUUCAUGAUAGACUACGAAGCAGCUGCAUGGCAAGCCAUCCGAGAAGUGUUCCAGCGUGCGCUUGUCCGUGGGUGUGUGUUUCACUGGACUCAGCGUAUAUACCGUCAGGUGAUACGUUUGGGCCUCAGUGCAACAUACACACAGGGAGGAGACACUUACCAGUUUAUCAGGAAGAUUCUUGCAUUACCCUUCCUGCCGUCCGAGCAUAUACCAGGAGCCUUCACCGAGCUGCAGACCCUUGCCAACCUAGGAGCAGAGCCAGUCAACCGACUGGUGGACUAUGUGAACUCUAAAUGGAUAAGUGGUAACAUAUGGCGUCCUGAUAAUUGGAGUGUAUUCAGAGAGACUGUGAGAACAAACAAUGAUGUGGAGGGGUGGCACAGAGGCAUCAACAGUAGAGCCAACGGGAGUAAGCUCCCGUUCUAUGUGUUGGUGCCUUUGUUGCGUUCAGAGGCUGAGGAUGUCACAAUCACUGUCAGAUUGGUAUCUGAACAUAUUGUCACCAGGACCCACCGGGAAAAGUACAAGAAGAUCCAUCAGCAAUUGUUCAACAUGUGGGACAAAUACGAGAACCAGGACGACUACUCAACAUCGCAACUACUUAGAGAAUGCAGCCAUCUUGUCGGUAUUGGACCGAUACCAGCCUCCAUUGAUGACCACGGCGACGAUGACUGAUAUGUUUCCCAGGAACUGUGACUUGUGAUUGUAUAGUGUCUAGUGAUUUGAAUGUGCUAUGUUAUAUCUUAAUUCAUGUAAGUACUGGUAUUCACCAGGAAAUGUUUUGAUUUGAACGUGCUUGCUUAGUGUAAAUUUAUGUAUGAUUGUUAGUAUUAUGUGCUAUGUUUCACCUUAAUUCAUGUAAGUACUGGUAUUCACCAGGAACUGUUUUGAUUUGAAUGUGCUUGCUUAGUGUAAAUUUAUGUAUGAUUGUAUUUGUGUUUGUAUAGUGUCUAGUGAUUUGAAUGUGCUAUGUUAUAUCUUAAUUCAUGUAAGUACUGGUAUUCACCAGGAAAUGUUUUGAUUUGAAUGUGCUUGCUUAGUGUAAAUUUAUGUAUGAUUGUUAGUAUUAUGUGCUAUGUUUCACCUUAAUUCGUGUAAGUACUGGUAUUCACCAGGAACUGUUUUGAUUUGAAUGUGCUUGCUUAGUGUAAAUUUAUGCAUGAUUGUAUUAUGUGCUAUGUUAUAUCUUAAUUCAUGUAAGUACUGGUUUUAACCAGGAAUUUAUGUUAAUUUGAAUGUGAUUUGUGUAAUUAAUAUAUGAUUUUAGUAUUAUGUGCUAUGU